UUGGCCGUUCACAGCACACGUCCUAGGGUUUAGGGUUUUUUGAAACCUCCCCGAACAAAUUUUUUUUCAUCAUAAUUCGAGAAAUUUGGGAAAAAAUUCCCAUGCAAUUCGCCUCUCACAUCGAUCUCCAAUCUCAACUCGCUAUUCUCCCAUGGGAUCAUCGACGCAAAACCCUAAAUUCCCACUCAAUCCUCGACAAAUCCUUCGUCCGCAACCUAAACCCUAAAUCUUCUCCAAAAGCUCCCAUUUUUCCCGAUUUUUCGAGGGUUUCGUGCCGUUUCAAGCUCGGCGAUGCGGAGAGAUGCGGUGGCUGGGAGGCCGUACGCUUCCCCGUCGUCGUCCAGGGCUCCGGCAAAGCUUUGCGGUACGUUUGGGAUGGUGCCCAGCUCCGCAUGGUGCGAUUGGAUCGAGAAGACGUCGAUCACUUCGAUGGGUUUCAUAAGGCUUUCGAGGGUUUCGUCGAGGCCGUGAGGGAUGUGUUUAUCCCACGGCAGGUUCAGGAGAACUAUAUGAUUUAUUUGAAGUGGAAGUUGAUUCAUCGGGUGUUUAGUUCCUCUUUGCAGGUUCUUGCGACACAGGCUAUGUUUCGAGCAAUGGGAGUCGGCUCUGCUCGUUCCCUUCCGUCUGCAGCUGCUUUAAAUUGGGUACUGAAAGAUGGCCUGGGGCGUCUUAGCAGAUGCAUAUACACAGCCAGCCUUGGAUCUGCAUUCGAUACGAAUUUGAAGCGGGUGCGAUUCUCAACAUCUAUUCUGUUUAGCUUGAGUAUUGGGGUGGAAUUGUUGACGCCUGCAUUCCCCCAAUAUUUUCUGCUUCUUGCAACUGCGGCCAACAUCGGCAAAUCUAUUAGUCUUGCUGCAUACCUUGCAACCAGUUCUGCUAUUCAUCGGAGCUUUGCUAUUGGUGAUAAUCUUGGUGAAGUUUCUGCCAAAUCUCAGAUUCAAACUGUAUGUUUUGAUAACUUUGGUCUGCUGCUAGCUGCGCUGUUGAAUUUAUUGUGCAAAAGUAACCAAAGCUUUCAAGCAGGUCUUCCACUGGCUGUAUAUCCUAUAUUCGCAACUGUAGAUUUGUUUGCUAUCUAUAACGGAUUGAAGAGUGUGCAUCUACAAACAUUAACCAAGAAUAGGUUGGAGAUAAUAAUAGAUACAUGGAUUUGCUCGGGAUGCAUUCCAUCACCUGCAGAGGUUAGCAGCAAGGAAGGUAUAGAUGUCUUCAGGCAGAGAGGAGGCAAGCUGUGGUCAAUCAGAAUUGGAUGCCUCGAUCCAAAGAAUUCGUCAUCGAUGGUGUCGGUUGCGACCUUAAAAUCAUUACGUAACGAAGAUCUUUACUUUAUUUGCAUGGGAGAGUCUUAUGAAGGCUUGAGAAGAAAACAAGAGAUUGUUCUAUGUUUACGGGAAACAGCAGCUACCUCAGAUAUCAUUGUUGGCCUGUUUCAGGCAUGUUUCAUCAGGAAAACGCUCCUCGAGCGCAAGAUCAGCUGGAGCUGCUUUUCAAAAGGCAACAUCAAUGAAGAUCCAAGGCUAGUUGAAUGGUUUAAUAUCGUGGAAGAAAGUCAGGCCCAUGCCCACAAACAUAUUGAGCAGUUUAGUGCAGAACUUCGAGCCGCAGGUUGGGCUGCGAAUAAUGUUCUGUUGAGUUCUAAAGAGCAAAUACGAUAUACCAUGUUGAAUGAUGAUUUGGAACAGAGAAGAUAAUAGUGUGUAUGAUGAUUGGAAACAAAGAAGAUAAUAGUGCGAAAAGUUUGCAUUUUGCGUUAUUCUGCACAUGAGUUGAAAAGGCACUGUAAAGUUUAAAAGCUCAAAUAUCUCAUGAAGUUCACAUGUUUCUUAAUUAACUCUAUUGUGAGAUUGACCUCAAUGUUUGUUUAGUGGAAACACAAACUUUGUUUCAGUUA